UGGUCGUGCGAGGAGCGAGGUGGAGUGGGGUGAAGGGAGGGAUCGCGGUUCGCGCUGUCGUCGCCAUUUUGUAUUUGUACAUCGAGCCAGUCUGAGAAUCGAACGUCUCGUUAGCAGCUAUUUUUAUAAAGCACUGAUAGUGCUACGUGACCAAAGUUUUUCAUAACUAUGUGCUCGUAUUCGUACGUGAGGUGAUUGCCUUCAAACUUCAGAUUAUCAUCAACCGUUGCGUGUUAUCGGUGUUAAUUGAUGUGCGGUUGAAGAUUGUGGUAUGCUGAAAAAAGCGACAAGUGUCGUGCAGCAAGAUGUCGAAGGAAAUCGCGGACGAGUACGCGUCGAGUCUGUCCGACCUGACUGUGAACAGCAAGCCGCUGAUCAACAUGCUGACCAUCCUGGCCGAGGAGAACAUCGACCACGCGGGGGUUAUCGUUGAAACCGUGGAGAAGCACUUGGAGAAGGUCCAAGCGGACAUCAAGCUGCCCGUGCUCUAUUUAGUAGAUUCCAUCAUCAAGAAUGUGGGCGGCGCCUACGUGCAGAAGUUCUCUCAGAUCAUUGUUAACAUGUUCACUAGGACUUUCAAACAGGUGGAUGAGAAAGUCAGAUCACAAAUGUUCAAGCUACGAGAAACGUGGCAUGAUGUGUUCCCAGCCACAAAGCUGUACCAGCUUGAUGUUAAAGUGAAUCUGAUCGACCCGGCGUGGCCGAUACAGGCGCAGCCGCAGCAGUCAACCAUCCAUGUAAAUCCCAAUUUUCUGAAAAAGCCUGCUGCUUCCGCUACCACAAGCGCCCCCUCAGCCGAGGAGGAGGAGAAGAUGAAAAUGAUCCUCGCCAAGAAGGAGCAAGAGCUGCUCAUGUUGCAGAGGAAGAAGAUUGAGAUUGAGCUAGAGAAGACGAGGCGGGCGCUGGAGAUUGCAGCCGCUACUAAUACUAAGAUGCCAGCGAUCCCCCCGGUGGUGCCGAACAUGCCAGUCGCGCUCGUGAACCCCGUCAUGGCGCCGGUACCCGAGGCUCCGCUGGUCUCUGUCAAGCAGCGCUUGGGCCCGCCCGUGAACAAGGCGCCCUCCGGCGCGCGCAUCGCGCCCGUCAGCGCCGCGCUCGCCUCCGCGCGCCGCGACCCGCGCCUCGCGCGCCGCCACCACCAACCACAACCGGCGCCCGCUGUGCCCGUUGCACUGCACCCGCACCCGCACCGGUCACACUGCCCGCGCCCAUACACCAAGCGCAAGAACGUCAUCACCAUCGACGUGCGCCCCGACGCCGCGCGCCGCGACCCCCGCCUCGACAAACGGACGGAGAGGCGGGACAAGCAGCUGCGGCUCGAGGCGCGCCGCGACGACGAGCUCCGCCGCCGCGCCGCCCGCGAGGCGCGCCGCGAGCGCAAACAUGAACCCAAGGACGAAGACAAACCCGAAGACAAAUAUCCAGAGAUGGACAUCGACAAGCUCCAGAUCGCCGACGCGAAAAAGAUCAGCAAACUCCCCCCGAUCCCCAAAAUCAAACGGGACAACAGGGACAAGGACGAGAAGCGGGAGAGAAACGCGGUGCGCCUCGAGAAAAAGAAAAAGCGCGAGAGCGGAAGCAGCAAGGAGAGCUCGGCGAGCUCCUCGCCCGAGAAAAAACCUAAAAACAAGAAGGAGAAGAAGGAGAAGCCGGAACCGGAGGAGCCGGAGGUGGUCGCGUUCAAGGAGCUCAAGAACUACCACCCCGAGCGGUACCGUCCGCGCGCGCGCUCGCCCAGCGCCGAGCCCGCGCCCGCAGAGCCCCGCGACACAAAUGACGCAGCCGAGAGCAAGGACGUUGACCUGCGCGUGUUGCCGACGGUACAGGAAACCAAGGCGGCCCCCGUGGCGGUUAAGCGAUCGUCCACGGAACUGCUAGAGGGAAAGCCUAAGAAGAACAAGAUUGAUAAGUUUGACAGCGGACAGCGGAGUCUUCACCAAGAUUCCCCCCACGUCUCCCCCAAAAAAGACUGGAAUGAGGUUAAAGAGAAGGAGGAGACCAAGAAAACUCCUUCGAAACUGGAUCUGGUCAGGGCGAAGCUGGCAGAAGCUACGAAGGGAAAAGAUAGAUUGGGAAGACCGUUCCUGUUCAGCAAAUCACCAAGUGUAGAAAAAGAGAGGCGGCGAACAAUCAGCUCAGAAGACGUAGACUUAAGACUUGAAAACUCAGAGGAAUUCGACUGCGAAGACCACAAGAAAACCAUCUCCAUCAUCAUGAACCAAGCCAAAGAACAGUUCAGCGACGGCAAACUAGACAAGAAUCAGUACAACACACUCAUGUUCCAAGUUCUACAGCUCAAUGAGAAGCUCAAGCUUAAGGAAGCGAAACAGAGGGAAUCCCUUGAGAUUUCCAAAAGAAAAUUACACGCCGUAGAAAACAAUAAAGUCCCAAGUCCAAAAUCGUCACCGAAAGGGAAUAACUUCGGGGAUAUCGAUGAGAGGGUAAUACCGGGUCCUUUCGUCGAGCCGGACGGACCGCCAGAAAUGAAGUUCAUGCAAGAUUCCGACAUGAGGAUGAUGGACGGACCCUCACCAGGGCUGCUCCCGCGCCCGCCCAUGAUGCCGAUGUUCGCCGGCCCCGGCCCGCAGCCCGCGUGGCGUGGACCCUUCCGGCCCCGAGGGGACGAGUUCGCGAGGAGGCCCAGAGGCGUCGUCCCGCCCUUCUUCAGAGGAAAAUUCGAUAAGCGAGCGCCUCGAGUACCCUUCGAGUCGCGCCUACCUUUCCCCGCGCCGCAGAUGCAACUCCCCACCCCUCAAAUGGGCCUUCCAGGGCGAGUGCCCGCUGAACCUUACGAGCGAGCCUGCACCCCACCGCCGCUCGGCGCUCCCGGCGUCAUCAUCCCGCCGUCCAAUAUACAAGCUUUGGAAUACGUCGACCGAGAUCCGGUGAAGACUAUCCAAAUCGAUGGAAUCCCUCGAGAGAUCAGGUUCUAUGGAGAGACCGCUAUUAUCAUGAUGGAUUGGGAUGACCCACGAGAAAUUAAAUUCCUUCCUGGAAGCAGACGAGUCACGUUCGACAAUAAAGAUUCUAUAGUCCUAAACUUCAACGACGAUUACAAACAAGUUGAGAUCGAUGAUCAAGUGUUUGACAUCAGAUUUGGAGCUCCGACGAGAGAACUAUUCAUAAACGGAAGAUGGCACGAGUGUUUCUUCGGCGGCGCCGCUCGGGUCAUAAUCGACGGAAAACCCAGACUCAUCCACCUCGAAGGCCCGCUACCUCAAGUAGAUAUAGGAAAACUAAAGCGCACUGAUCUCGUAGGCGGGAAGAUAAACUUAAUAGUGGACGCUACGCAGAUGUGCCCCGUAUUCUUAGACGCUAAAGUGCAAAAGUUCAGUAUUAACAACCAAUUCUUUACUAUACGGUUUGUCGACGCGUUCAGAACGGUGUUAAUCAAUGAGCAGCCGUUCCAAGUGGAGUUUGGCGGGUUGCCGCGGCCUAUUUCAUAGAACGAGAAGCAUUUCAUCAGGUUCUCGGUGCUGCCGCGCCACGUGCGGCCGGGACACAACCCGCCGCCCGGCAUGCAGGCUCGGAGGCGGCUGAAGUGGGCGCCGGCGAGGGUGGAGAAGAUGGAGACGGAUCCGGAACCGCCGAGGCCCAAUAAGACGCCCAGUCCCGAGAAUGAAAUGUCUAACCAAGGCGGCCUCGACAUGCUAGCCAGCCUCAUGCCGUCGAGCAUGGCGCCCGCCUCGGCCUCCGACUACACCUCCGCCGAGCCGCUCUUCAACCGCCCCCACACCAUCCCCGGCCUGGAGACACCCACCCCCACCCCCACCGCUGAACAGAAGCCCGCCUUCCCCAUACUUGGCAACAUUGACGACCUGUUCGCCAAGUUGGUAGCCACGGGGAUCAUAAAGUCGCAGGAGGUUAAAGAGGAGACGAAGGAGAAGGAAGAACCGCGGGUGGAGGAGAAAGUUAAGCCGAGGGAGGAUAAGAAUGUUAUUCAUAGAGUGGAUUUGACCAGGCCGGAGACUUUGAGACAAAAACAACCAGCCCUCGUAGCGAAACUGUACGGCGGCAUGCAGUGCAGCGGCUGCGGCGCUCGCUUCCCGCCCGAGCACACCGUCCGCUACUCGCAGCAUCUCGACUGGCACUUCAGGCAGAACAGGAGAGAGAGAGACUCAGCCAGGAGGGCACAUUCAAGGCACUGGCAUUAUGACCUUGCUGACUGGGUGCAGUAUGAGGAACUUGAGGAUUUGGAGGAGAGAGAAAAGAGUUGGUUCGAGACGGGUGGCGCCGAGGCCGGCGUCGAACCCCCGGUGGCCGAAGUGGAAGCGCCGUCUGUCGCGGCCGGGGCGCCGGCGCGGGCGUCGUGUGCUCUCUGCGGGGACGCCUUCUUACAGUUCUACAACGAGGACCAGGAGGAGUGGCAUCUCAGGAACUCGGUGCGCCACGAGGACAACAACUACCACCCGCUGUGCCUCGAGGAUUACAAGGCGUCACUCACAAAGGAAGAGCCGCCCAAAGAGGAAACUCCUGAGGAGGAAAAGAUGGAGGCAGCCAUCGAGAUCAGGGACGUCGACGAGACCAUAGACAACUCGGACAACGAGUCCGUCGUCGAGGUUGUCGACAACGACAAACCUGUCGAGAUCGAUGACCUGGACGACACUCCGGAGCCCGCGGCCGAGGCGCCCAAAGAGGAAGAAGCGCCCGAGGAGGUCGAAGAUGGAGACGAGGACGACGUGGUCUUCAAGGCGGAGCCAGUACCAGAAGUGGUGGUGGAAGAUUACGACACCGACGAUGAGACGAGCGCGGAGCGGCUGCAGCGCGACGAGCAGGCCAAGAUCGACUACGAGAACAUCAAGAUCAAGCAGGAACCUGUCGAUCCGGAUGACGAGCCAAUAAUAACAGCCGAGGAGCAGGCCAUCCGCGCCGCGCCCGACACGUCGCGGCCCGGCGUGCUGUCGUCGCUGGACGGCAACGCCGAGCUCCUCGCGCCCGCCGCACCACCACCCGCGCCCAUCAGGAUCAACAUUAGCGCUCCCAUAGCCAAGCCGGCAGCGGCCAGCGCCGCGCCCGCGCCCGCGCGCGCGCGCUCCCCUCCGCGCGCGGACAGCGACGACGAGCCGCCGCCGCCGGGCGAGGAGCCGGAGCUGGCCUUCACGCUCAAGCCCGCGCUCCGGGCCGUCGCGCUCGCCCGCCAACCCCCCGUCGUGCGGGGAACCGAGCUCUCCGGCCUCUGCUCCAUCAUGUGA